AAGAAAAAAAAGAAUAUGCCAUUGCAAUGUGCCUAUGUUCCUGAAAAACAUUCUCAGAUACCAAGUCGCUCUUUUACAACAUUAGAUAACAUAGCGUACCGCAACCCCUUAUUUCUUUCUUAUAAUAAUUACAUAAAUUUCUGCUAGCACAUGUUGUGUUUUUAUUCUCUUCCUUCACUCUCUGUAUUCUCUCAUCACCGCUCUCUCUUUCAGGAUUCUGGAACUUGUUUCUAUGGUGGUUUUGGAAAUCCCAAAGAGAGUUUUAUUUGCAAGGCUUUGAAUCAAGUGAAGUGAUCCGAAUAAGUGCAAGGCUGUUUAAUGGGUUCUGAUAAGCAGUCUGUUGGUUUACUGGAGACACUCAAAAUGGAGAGAGUUAGAACAAUUUUUACUCCGGCAUAUCCGUACCCACAUGAACAUUCACGGCAUGCUAUAAUUGCUGUUGUUAUAGGUUGCCUGUUUUUUAUCUCAUCAGAUAACAUCCAUACUCUUGUAGAGAAGUUGGACAACAAUAUUAAAUGGUGGUCUAUGUAUGGCUGUUUGCUUGGUUUCUUCUAUUUCUUUUCAUCUCCAUUUAUAGGGAAGACUAUUAAACCAAGCUAUUCUAAUUUCAGUCGGUGGUACAUAGCCUGGAUUUUAGUAGCAGCUGUGUAUCAUCUUCCUAGUUUUCAGUCAAUGGGAGUGGAUAUGAGGAUGAAUCUGUCAAUGUUUUUAACAAUAUUUGUCUCUUCUAUUUUGUUUCUUAUUGUAUUCCAUAUUAUCUUUUAUGGUCUUUGGUACAUUGGCCUUGUUUCACGUGUGGCUGGAAAGAGACCAGAGAUCUUGACCAUUCUUCAAAAUUGUGCUGUUCUUAGUAUAGCCUGCUGUGUUUUUUAUAGUCAUUGCGGCAACCGUGCUAUUUUGAGAGAGAGACCGCUUGAACGGAAAAACUCUAAUUGGUUUGCUUUUUGGAAAAAACAAGAGCGAAACACAUGGCUUGCAAAGUUCCUCCGUAUGAAUGAGUUGAAAGACCAGGUCUGCUCAUCUUGGUUUGCUCCAGUUGGUUCAGCAAGUGAUUAUCCACUUUUGUCCAAAUGGGUUAUCUAUGGCGAGUUAGCUUGCAAUGGCUCAUGUGUUGGUUCAGCGGAUGGAAUAUCUCCCAUAUACUCACUAUGGGCUACAUUUAUAGGUCUUUACAUUGCCAAUUAUGUAGUGGAAAGGUCAACAGGGUGGGCUCUUGCUCAUCCUGUGUCAGUUAAAGAAUAUGAGAAAUUCAAGAAGAAGCAAAUGAAGCCUGAUUUUUUGGAUAUGGUUCCUUGGUAUUCAGGGACAUCAGCUGAUUUAUUCAAGACUGUUUUUGAUCUCCUGGUAUCAGUAACUGUCUUUCUUGGUCGUUUUGACAUGCGUAUGAUGCAGGCAGCAAUGAGCAAGGUUCAAGAUGGAGGAGAACAAGGCGAUCUUCUAUAUGAUCAUUUAAGUGAAAAGGAUGAGAUGUGGUUUGACUUCAUGGCUGAUACUGGUGAUGGUGGGAACUCAUCGUAUGCUGUGGCACGACUACUUGCUCAGCCUUCCAUUCGUCUCACUAGAGGUGAUUCUGUGGUUACCCUACCACGUGGAAACUUGCUACUUAUUGGAGGAGAUCUAGCGUACCCUAAUCCGUCAGCAUUCACAUAUGAAAGGCGUUUCUUCCGUCCUUUUGAGUAUGCUCUCCAGCCCCCUGUGUGGUAUAAGCCAGAGCACGUAGCUGUAAACAAGCCUGAGGUACCUUGUGGGGUGUCUGAACUGAAGCAAUAUGAUGGACCUCAGUGUUUUGUUAUUCCUGGAAACCAUGAUUGGUUUGAUGGUCUUAAUACCUUUAUAAGGUAUAUAUGUCAUAAAAGCUGGUUGGGCGGGUGGUUUAUGCCUCAAAAGAAGAGUUAUUUUGCUUUGCAACUCCCUAAAAGGUGGUGGGUAUUUGGUCUCGAUCUAGCACUCCUUGGUGAUAUUGAUGUAUACCAAUUCAAAUUCUUUUCAGAAGUAGUAAAGAACAAGGUUGGUGAUGAGGACUCUGUGAUCAUUAUGACACAUGAACCAAGUUGGCUUAUUGAUUGGUAUUGGGAUGACGUGUCUGGGAAGAAUAUCUCGCACCUGAUAUCUGAUUAUUUGAAAGGAAGGUGCAAGCUUCGAAUGGCUGGGGACCUGCAUCACUAUAUGCGCCAUUCCUCUGUUAAAUCAGAUGGGCCAGUUCAUGUGCCACACCUACUAGUAAAUGGUUGUGGUGGGGCAUUUCUGCAUCCCACUCAUGUUUUUAGUAAAUUUAAAAAAUUUCAAGGAGUUUCUUAUGAGUGCAAGGCUGCAUAUCCUUCGUAUGUCGAUUCAAGCAGGAUUGCACUGGGAAAUAUUUUGAAGUUUCGGAAGAAGAAUUGGCAAUUUGAUUUUAUUGGUGGCAUUAUAUACUUUAUAUUGGUCUUUUCUAUGUUCCCACAGUGCAAGCUCGAUCACAUCUUGCAAGAGCGUUCAUUUUCAGGUCACUUGAGGAGCUUCAUCGGCACAGUGUGGAGUGCUUUUAUAUACAUGCUGGAACAUUCUUAUGUAUCUUUAGCAGGUGCUCUGCUAUUGCUAAUUGUAGCAAUCACAUUUGUACCCCCGAAAGUGUCUCGGAAGAAAAGGGUAAUAAUCGGAGUUCUUCAUGUUUCUGCUCACUUGGCUUCAGCUUUAAUUCUUAUGUUGCUGUUGGAACUGGGUGUUGAGACGUGUGUCCAGCAUAAACUACUAGCAACCUCAGGUUAUCACACUUUAUAUCAGUGGUACCGCACGGUGGAAAGUGAGCACUUUCCAGAUCCAACUGGCCUUCGAGCUCGUAUAGAACAAUGGACCUAUGGCCUUUAUCCAGCAUGUAUCAAGUAUCUCAUGUCUGCAUUUGAUAUUCCAGAGGUCAUGGCUGUAACACGGAGCAACCUAUGCAAGAAUGGAAUAGAUUCACUCUCUCGAGCCGGUGCUUAUGUAUACUAUGCUUCAGUCUUCCUUUACUUUUGGGUCUUCUCAACCCCUGUGGUUUCCUUGGUGUUUGGAAGCUACUUAUACAUCUGCAUAAACUGGCUUCACAUACACUUCGAUGAAGCCUUCUCCUCUUUAAGAAUUGCAAAUUAUAAAGCAUUCACUCGUUUCCAUAUCAAGUCUGAUGGUGAUCUUGAAGUUUUCACCCUUGCUGUUGAUAAGGUCCCAAAGGAAUGGAAGCUGGACCCUGAUUGGGAAGCGGAGUCAAAAGAAUCUCGGCAGUUUAGCCACCUUAAUAAGUUCCCCAGCAAAUGGAGUGCAGCUGCUACUCAUCAAGACCCACUUCAUACUGUUAAGAUUGUUGAUCAAUUUGUUAUACAGAGAACUGAUAAAUCUGAUAUUGGAUCAAGUAAUGGGUCAGUCAAUCAGUGACCUGUGCUUCUCAAUUGUAAUAUUAAUGUAGUCCUAGGAAGCAAUGGAAAAAAAAAAAAUCAAAAAAAGAGGAAAAAGAAAAAUUUAAUGUUAUACUUCUUGAGGUUCUAUUUUCCAGCUGUCUGCUGCCUAUAUAUAGGGCGCUAAGUGCUAUUAGAUCUGUCUCACAUGGACCCCAAGUGUUCUUAGGACUCAGAUUAGGUGUCUAACUAACUAGUAUUUACUAAAUAGGUUUCUUUCUAGAUUGUUGUAUAGUAAAAUAUGCGAUGGUUAUUAAGAUCACAGGUUGCUUUUAAAUUAUUUUAUUUUAUUUUAAAAAUUGGUCAGGACUUGGUGUUGUGAAUGCCCUUGAAGGCUAACAUUGGAAAGAUCUGGUUGCUUUCGUAUAAAAUAGAUGUCCGAUAUUUUCGUUUGCCA